GUGUGUGUGCGUGCGGGUGUGUGAAUGAAAAACUUGCAACUGUGAAAAUAUAACCAAAAAUAAAGACGAAUCUGUCUCUAGUGCAUUGACUCCCCGCCAGCGACAUCGACGUAGCCAUCAACAGCUGAGGGAGGAGUUGCAGUCGCAGCAGUUGGAGCAGCGGCAACUAGGGUGGCCAUGGCGGACACGGCGACAGCAGCGACCACUGCGACGGCUUCAAAAAAAAAAUAUAGAAAUAAAAAAAAAUCACAGCAGCAGCAGCCACACAAAUCAGAGUCAGAGCCAGCACAAGGAGCAGCAUCUGUAGCAACAGUUAAGUCUACGGCUCAUCAGCCCAAUGGUCACGUUCAGGCCGAUUCGGAUUAUGCAGAUGUGACUCUAAUCAAUGGCAUCAUGCAGCAGGUGCAACUGUGUAACGGCCAUGGCAAGGAAGAGGACGAGUUGAUGCCUGCCACGGCUCAAGUGGCUCCCACAGUCAAUGGCCAUGCCAAUAAGAGCACUGCAAUCAACAACAACAAUCACAUUAACGAUAAUAAUAACAUAAGCAGCAGCAAAGCGAAAAACAACAAUAAAACCCUGGCGACGGUCGAGGCAGCAGCAGAUGUGGUAACCGAAUGUGGGCAACAGAAGCAUGAGCCGGAGCAGGAACAGCAAACGACUGACGCAAUUACGCUAGUAGCGACAAGUAAAAGCACUGCCAAUACGCAAACAACUUCAGCAACAAAAACAAAGACAACAGCCAUGGCCAUUGCAACAAGAGGCAGCGUCCACGAUGAGGCGCCCUCUACAUCAGCAGCUGCCGCCGCAGCAGAGGCAGCCGCCGUCGCCGCAGCGACGCUGCUGCAACACCAGCUUCAGCUCGAACCUGCCAUUUCAGCCGAUGAGAUUGUCUAUAAGGAAUAUGAAGCCGAGCAUCAAAUGCAUGAUAUCAUGCGUCUGAUACAGGCGGAGCUGUCCGAGCCAUAUUCAAUAUACACGUACCGUUAUUUCAUUUACAAUUGGCCAAAACUAUGCUUCCUAGCCUCGCACGAUAAUCAAUAUGUGGGCGCUAUUGUAUGCAAGCUGGACAUGCAUAUGAAUGUGCGUCGCGGCUAUAUUGCAAUGCUGGCGGUGCGCAAGGAAUAUCGCAAGCUCAAAAUCGGCACAAGGCUGGUGACCAAGGCCAUUGAGGCAAUGCUCGCUGACAAUGCCGAUGAGGUUGUGCUGGAAACGGAGAUGCGUAACGAGCCAGCGCUGCGUCUGUAUGAGAAUUUGGGCUUCGUGCGUGAUAAACGACUGUUUCGUUAUUAUCUGAACGGUGUGGAUGCUCUGCGCCUGAAGCUCUGGUUUAGAUGAGUCGCCGCCACAACUUUGGAUGAUGUCGUUGAAAUUAUUGUCUAGCGGCUGCCAAGCGAGAGCUUUCAAUUGGAUGCCUUCUUUCGACUAUAUCGUUAAAAUCCAAUGUUUUCCCUGGACUGGCUUCCACACUGUCCAUACGAACAGGACUCUUGUUUGUUUAUCUAUGUAUAUAUAAAUAUAUAUAUAUAUAUAUAUAUAUAUAUACAUUAAUUUUCUUAAGGCGUUUGCUUGUCGUUAAAUUUGUUCUCAUGUGGCACAUGACAAACAAUCUUCUGUACCUAUUAACUAGGAUUUACAAUUUUUUCUUUCUUUAAUUAAUGUAUGUAAAUUAUUUUAAUAAUUUAAGCGUAUGGCAACAAGAACUACAACAAGAAGAACAACAACCAUAAGAAUUAACACCAACAACAACAACAACAAAUAAAUACAUUUUAACAAGAACCGAAUAGAAACUCUAAAUACAUACAUAUGCAAUACGUGAUUUACAUACU